AUGAGAGCGAGACUUCAGUUUCGGGGCUGCGCGGCAAUAGCGGGCGCAGUGUCACUUAUCUGGUUGGCCUUGUCUAAGGAUCCGCAGACAGCACCAGGAGACCGCGGGGCCCGGCGGGGUUUGUUUUGCCCUGGCAACGGCCCAAAAUGCCGAAGCGGAGCGGGGAAGCCGUCGGAUGACGGUAAGGAGAGGAGACGGGCGCGCGCGGGUGGCGAUGUGGGCGGUGGGUCGCGCAGCCUCGCCGAUUUUGCCGGGCGGGCGGGCGGUGGGCGACAGGCCGAUGAGGGGGGCGAUGUGUUUCAUCCGGACACUGGGGGCGCGCCGCUAGGGCAUUGCAAACAGUUUGAGCUGAACAGAGGAGAUUCCUAUGAGAAUCCAGGCGGUUGCAAGUGCCACCCGCCCAGAAGUCCGGGCGCCUUCCUUGGCAGGCCCAGCGCGCCCCUUGAUCGUGAAGUGGGGCGCACCCUUCGGGCAGAGCGAACUGCUUCGAGCGGUGCUGGAAUUGGCUUGGCCAUUGGGGGGGCCUUCGAUCGGCGGCGCCAUUGUUGGGCUUGGCCGGCCGGUUUGGCUUAUCGGCAAGCCUGCCGCUGCGGGCGGGUGGCGCUUUCCGCCGUCUUGUGGCGGUGCCAUGGUGGCCGGUUCUUCCCGCCGUUCAUGGAUAUGGGGCGGAGCCGCGCCGGGCACCUUGGGCGGCCGAUCGGGGCCGAGUGAGGCUCGCGAACUUCGGUAACCACUACGCACAACCAAUGGGGCCGACCCGCAGGGCGCCGCUUUUUCCUACCUUCGCCCGAUGGGUCGGUCGCCCGCAAUGGCUUGGCCGGCGCCAUUGCCCGCGCGCCGGCCCGCGCAUUGUUUGCGGCGCGCGAGCCCCCCCUGGGGCGUCAGGGGUCUUGCCUUGGGUACUUCCGGCGCUUGGGGGCAGCCGGU